AUGUCCCAAACCCCCAAUUCCAAUCCCAACACACCCACCAUGACCACCCCCCGCCGCCUCCUCUUCAUAGCCUCAAUAGGCAACAAAGCCCCCUAUCGCCAAACCCGCCAUAGCGCCGGACACCUCCUCCUCGAUGCCGUGAAACCCCUUCUCGCGCAGUCCCUCCCCAACACUGGCGCCUUCCACGAAACCUGGUACAGCCCAACCUACAUGAACGAGUCAGGCCCAAAACUAGUACGACAACUAGAGAGCUGGGCAACGCGUCAGAAUGAACUUGUUACGAAACUCUACGGACAAGCUGGACACACGGCCGAGGGUUCAUCAACUCGCUACCCAACUACGCUGGUAAUUCUACAUGACGAGAUGGAGGCUCCGCUGGGCAAGUUGCGGGUUAAGCGCGGGGGACCCGAGGCAUUUAGUCUGCGUGGUCAUCGUGGGCUAAUUAGUAUUUGUGAGACGCUGCGUGGGAAAGGACUUUACCCUGCUCGGGGGAAAGCGACUUUGGAUUUGGACAUUUUGCGCGUUGGAGUUGGCAUUGGGAGACCGCCGACGAGGGAGAAGGGAGCUGUCUCGAAUUAUGUCCUUGCGCCUGUGAAUGAGGCGGAGAUGAAGGCUUAUCGCGGGACGGCGGAGAGUGUGGUUCAGAUUAUCGGGGAGGAAUUGUAUAAAUGA